AAACGCUCCCGAGACGCCGAUGGCGAAUCUCCAGCAAAACAACCCCACCCCGAAGAAGCCCAAGCAAAGAAGCGCAACAAGGGCUUUAGUGUCGGUCCUGCCAAUCUACCUGAUGGAACCUAUCGCCGAAAAGCCCAAAAAAUCAAAGCAGACCUCAUCCAAAAAGCCAAAGUGAAAAAGGCCUACGCAAAAGUCAAAGCCGAACUUGCCACGGUCCCAUCCAACCCUGCCUAUCUUACCCGAGAAGACGACGACGAGAACAACAGGAACAACCCCCCAGGUCUAGAACUCCAUCCGGAUCGAUUGGCGAUGCUCAACGACCCCCCCGCGGAGCAAGCACCGAGACCGGAGCGGUUGCGGUCCAGAGGGCGCGAUAGAGAAGGACAAGGACGCGGAAACCGGAAACCCAAACCAUCUGCGUUUUCGAGGGAGAUGGAGAUGGCAGAGAAACGGAAGCAAGAGGUGGAGAAGAGGAGAGAGGCCCGCGAGUUCCGGGAGAAGGAUAGAGAGGCGAUGGCGAGGGCGAAACGGCCCGAUCAGUUUGGGAAGAGGAGGCUCGGCCGGGAGAGUAAAGUGUUGCUGGAUCGGGUUCAGCGGUUGGUUGGG